CCUAAACUUACCACAACUGAAAAGCAAAUUUUUAUAAAACCCUGUAACAGAAAAUUAGCAUACUUAUUUACUAGAGGGAUCCAUUUAUUUUUUUUUGUUUCCUUGAAAAAGUAAAAAACGUAGAAGCACAUUUCCUAGACGUUGUAUUUCAAGAAGCGGAGCGAACAUUGCAACAAAAAAUUCAACGAAUGGAAACGUUGCACCUUUAAACCCAGUUUUUACACUCCAGAUUUGUAUUAUUUUAGGGUUUUUUGUUCUUUAGCUCGAACUUAUAAGAGCAAGCGCUAUGGAUAUUGAAAAGUCAACCAAAUGGUCAUAUGUUAAGGAGCGUAAAGUAGGUGAAGGAACUUAUGCAGUGGUCUUUUUAGGUCGCCAAAAGGAAACAGGCCGAAGGGUCGCCAUUAAAAAAAUCAAAGUGGGGCAGUUCAAGGAUGGAAUUGAUUUGAGCGCUUUACGUGAAAUUAAAUUUUUGAAGGAAACGAGACAUGUCAAUGUAAUUGAGUUAAUGGAUGUUUUUGCAACCAAAUCUAAUCUUAAUAUUAUUCUUGAGUUCCUUGACAGUGAUUUAGAAAUGCUGAUUAAGGACAAAUUUAUCGUUUUUCAACCUGCGCAUAUUAAGGCCUGGAUGCUUAUGCUUCUUCGAGGGUUACACCAUAUCCAUUCUCGUUUUAUUCUGCAUCGAGAUCUGAAACCAAACAACCUUCUGAUCUCUAGCGAUGGAGUUCUAAAACUAGCAGAUUUUGGUCUUUCAAGAGAUUACGGUAUGCCUAAUCACAUGAGUCAUCAGGUCAUUACUCGAUGGUAUCGACCUCCUGAGUUAUUCAUGGGCUGUAGAAGCUAUGGAACUGGCGUUGAUAUGUGGAGCGUUGGAUGUAUUUUCGCAGAGCUCAUGCUUCGUACUCCUUAUUUGCCAGGUGAAACAGAUUUGGAUCAACUGAAUGUCAUUUUCCGCGCCCUUGGUAGCCCAGAGCCAGCCGUUUUGCAGAGGAUGAAACAACUACCAAAUUACGUUGACAUGAAAGCCAUUCCACCUCCAAGCGGAGGAAUGGAAGCAUUAUUUUCGGCUGCAGGGACUGAGGAAUUAGACCUUUUGAAGAGGUUUCUUGAUUAUGAUCCUUACAGCAGGCCUACAGCUCAACAGGCUUUAGAACAUCAAUACUUUUCUUGUUUGCCACGCCCUACUCAUCCUUCCGGAUUGCCCAAAAAGGGUGGAGAAGAAGGUAUCAAGCAUGUAUCAAGUGAUUUGCAACGUCAAGUUAACAAUUAUGCGCGUCCGAAUAUAAAAUUUGUAAGCUAAUUCUUUUUGGAUCCCUCUUUCUCUCAUUAGUCUUUCCCGAUUUUUCUAUGAAAAGUUUCCUACAAAAUUUACGAAUGACGACUAUAUAACAUUAUUUUAUUGUUUCCCUACGUAUAUCAGAUUCAUAUACAUUUUUGUGUAAUUCAAAGCCUGAUUCUGUCUUCAUGAACAUUCACUUUUUGCUUAUAGCAUUUCUUUAAACGUGUUGGUUUCAGAAGCUUUAUGAUUCCCACGUUUUCAAAGUCAUAUUAUAUGUUUCUACUCUUACAAACAAAUUCUAUUUCUUCCAAUUCCUUCAAAAUGUAAGUUUAUUUAUUACCAAAACGCAACGCACUAUGUAACAUAACUUAUUACUUCGGUAUACCAAAGCAA